CCUCCUCCUCCUCUUCUUCAUUCUCCUCCUCCCUGUUUCUGUCUGUCCCGCUCUGACACGCAAUGGAACAGAGCUCAUCCCGAGUGGUGGAGUCAGUUUGAAACGGGACUUCAGACAAUUGAACGGUGGAUGCUGCAGCACAGGAAAUGCCUUGGUGACUCUUGUUAGUUAUCUAGCGAUUUCACCUCUCUGGGGAUCUCUUGGUUCUCUCAACACAGAGCGUGAAAGGGCAGAAAGUCCGUGGGAUAGGCUAACUAGAAGCUACAGGAAAUCUUUAUUGUGCCGGGAUGCUCGGGAUAAGUCAUUUCACUUUGACAACAGCGGCAGUUGUUGUGCUGUUGCCAUGUGUGCUGUUGUUCAACGUGGACCAGAAAAAUAGUUUGUCGUUCAGCGGUCCACUGGAGGACAUGUUUGGCUACACUGUCCAGCAGUUUGAAAACAGUGAAGGGAAAUGGGUUUUGAUUGGAUCGCCACUGUCGGGCCAGCCAGCUAAACGGACAGGAGACGUCUACAAGUGUCCCGUGGGGAGGGGGGACAACACAUGUGUCAAACUGGAGUUGCCUAAAAACACAACAUUUCCCAACUUACAUGAAGUCAAGGAGAAUAUGACCAUGGGAACCACGUUGGUGACCAAUCCCAACGGAGGAUUUCUGGCCUGUGGUCCUCAGUACGGCUACAUGUGCGGCCAGCAGCAGUACAUCUCAGGAGUUUGUGCGAACGUCAGUGAUUCCUUUCAGAUUCUCAACUCUGUGGCACCGGCCGUGCAAGAGUGUGCAAAGGAGUUGGACAUUGUCAUAGUUCUGGAUGGAUCUAACAGUAUCUACCCCUGGACCAGUAUCAUUGAUUUCCUGCUACGUUUCAUCAAGAAAAUUGAUAUCGGACCUCAACUCUCACAGGUGGGGAUAGUGUCCUAUGGUGAGACUGUGACUCACCGUGUCAAUCUAAGCCAGUUUGAUAACCGUCAAAAUCUUCUGGAUUUUGUUAAAGAACUUCCUCAGCAGACCGGCUUCAAGACCAUGACUUUUCUGGGCAUCGAUACUGCCAGGAAGGAGGCCUUCAUGCCGGAGCGUGGUGCACGACCUGGGGUGAAGAAAGUUAUGGUGAUUGUUACUGACGGAGAGUCACAUGACUUUUAUAAUCUGGACAAAGUCAUCAGAGACUGUGAAGAGGAUGACAUCGAGAGAUUUGGCAUUGCUGUUUUGGGAGACUACAAUCGUCAGAACAAAAGUUCCGAAGACGUGCUAAAGUUUAUCAAGGAGAUUAAGUCCAUCUCCAGUAAGCCACUACAUGACCACUUCUUUAACGUGUCAGAUGAGGUGGCCUUGUUAUCCAUUGUGGAUGCUUUGGGAAGCAAGAUUUUUGCCUUGGAAGCUACAACUGGCAAUUUCACCUCCUCCUUCGAGAUGGAGAUGUCCCAAGCUGGCUUUAGUGCGCAUACUUCUAAAGAAGGUGUAUUACUGGGAGCAGUGGGAGCGUAUGACUGGAAUGGGACAGUAAUAAUGCAUGCAGCUGGAGAAACAAUCAUUCCAGGGAAGACCCAGUUCUAUGACCCAGAGACUGAGGCAGGGUACGAAGGACUUGCUGGGUACCUCGGCUAUGAUGUCCAGUCAGCAUCCACCCCUGAUGGAGUGCUGUACAUCACCGGUGCACCGCGGUACAACCACACAGGCCGGGUUGUUAUCUACCGUCUGACUAAAACAAACAACGUUGUCGUUUCACAGAUACUGAAAGGAGAACAGCUUGGUUCCUACUUUGGCAGCGUCCUGCAGACUGUCGACGUGGAUGGUGAUUCCUACACGGAUCUCCUCUUAGUCGGAGCUCCAAUGUACAUGGGCACCGAAAGAAACGAGCAGGGACUAGUCUACGUCUACAAACUCAAGCAGGACGGCCAGUUUGUGCACGAGUUCACAUUGAAGCCAAUCAAUCAGUCCUGUUGUACUGCCGACUCGGCCAGCUGCAGUAAUAAAAAUGAACCAUGUGGUGCCCGGUUUGGUACGGCCAUCGCGGCAGUAUCAGAUCUCAAUCUUGACGGGUUUAAUGACGUGGCGAUCGGUGCACCUUUUGAGAACGACCACCGAGGUGCUGUCUACAUCUAUCAUGGAGAUAAGACAUCACUGAAAGAGAAAUUUGUACAGCGUAUCCCUGCAGGUGGAGACAGUGAAAAGGUAAAAUUCUUUGGGCAGUCCAUACAUGGUGUCAUGGAUCUAAAUGGAGAUGGAAUCACAGAUGUAACCAUAGGAGGUCUGGGAGGUGCUUCCCUAUUCUGGUCCAGAGAUGUUGCAGAGCUCCGUGCCAACAUGACUUUUGACCCUGUUAAAAUCAACCUGCAGCAGACUCAGUAUCAGUGUGAAUAUGGUGGACGUAAAUCUGUGUGUGUGACAACUGAUGUGUGUUUUGUCUACGCUAUCAAAUCUGACAAGCAGGACAUAAACACUCCUGCAGAGGUUCGCUACAAUCUGACACUGGAUGCUCUUCGUGCAAAAGCCAGGGCCUCGUUUAUUUACUUGGAUGAUAAAAGUGAUCGUAAAAUUACCAGUAGCUUCACCAUCAAAGACAGAGAGAGAAAAUGUGUACAAGAAACCUUCAUGAUGUCGGCCCGGCUUGACUUCCGAGACCCUCUCAUGGUAUCUUUGGAGUUUGGACUUGCUGAUGAAGACCAAGGCCCCGUUCUGGAUGAAAGCCUUCCCAGGUCCAUCAAUAAGACAAUUCCCCUAGUGGACUGUGGAAACGAUCAGAGGUGCAUUGCUGACCUCUCUCUCAAAGCAGAGCCUAAUGUCAAAAAAAUGCUGAUCAAAGCAAACAAAGACAAGAUUGAUGUGAACAUCAACGUUAGAAACAGCAAAGACAACGCGUACAACACAAAAGUUACCGUCAGUUUCACACCAAACAUCAACUAUGUUAAAGUAGAGCCGGAGAAGGCAUGCACUCUGAAUGACACAAAGGUGGAGUGUGCUGUUGGAUACCCCUUCUUGGGAAGCAAUGUAGAGGAAAAUUUCAAAGUGAAAUUUGAGGUAAAUCCUAAACAUAUCCAGGAAGUAAUUCAGAUCAAUAUGACAGCUACAAGUGACAGUGAAGAGCUGGCUUCAACCCUGCAUGACAACACGGUGCACAUCUCCAUCCCUGUGAAGUAUGAAGCUGGACUCAUAUUCUCAGUGCGGCCUGUGGAUCGACACAUCGAAGUAAAAGAGGGUGAACAGUAUUCCAGUGCAGUCAAUCACACCAGUAUGAUCGGAGAGGAGGUCAACAUCAGCUACACGGUGGAGAAGUCAGGUGACAUGGUGUCUCCUCCUCUCGACCUUACAGUGAAGUAUCCUCGCCUGUCGCCUCGGCAGAACAACUUACUUUACCUAACACACGUCACCACCAGCCAACAGGUGAAAUGUGACGCAGAACGUUGGAUCAAUCCUGAAAUUAUCCCGGAUAUUAUAAAUCCAAAGAAAGAAACUCUCAGUGUCUUUCUGCUGAGCUGUGAAAACCUCGACUGUGCAUCAUUUAGCUGCUCCAUCCCUGAAGCUGCGAUCAGUCAGGUCAACGUUACAUUCAGAGUGUGGAAACCUACGUUCAUCAAAGGCGAGUUUACCAGCUUGUACAUGUUGGUGAAUGCCACGCUGGCGAUCAAAAACACAGAGCUGUUUGAACUGAGCAGCACGGACAGGACCAGAAGUGUGAAGAUCCAGGUUUCGAAAGAGAGCUUAGGAGGAAUCCCUAUUUGGAUCAUCAUCAUAAGCAUCCUGAUAGGACUGCUGAUCUUAGCACUUGUCAUCUUCGUUCUUUGGAAGAUGGGCUUCUUCAAGAGAAAAACCAGGGAUUACUCAAAGGAGGAAAUGAUGGACUGAGGUAUCCAGACAUCCAGCAGCAAGCAGCUAUGUGGCCGACUGGUUCCACAGCCAUCAAGUCGCACAAAGUGACAGGCAGACUUUUAAACAGGUAGUCGGACAGUCGGAGGAGACGCCAUAAAACCCACAGACACCUUGGUGCUACAACUCAGUCGCGACCUGGAAAACACAGCUUCCUUUCACUGUUUCCUGUGCAAACCUGGGUCAAAUAAUGUUGGCAAAUACUUCCCGGACCUUAUCUUUUGAUGCUUUGAGGCUUUGAACACUGAGGCUAUUUAGAUGGUCCUCAUACACAGCGAGUGCUUAAACAGACACUGUCUUUUUAUUGUUGUUGGCACUUACUGUAGUUAUAAUAUUUGCAAAUACAAUUUGUUAUAGAUCAGCUUCUUUCUUGCAGAUAUACAGUACAUAUCAAGUCAGGUCAGGCCCUUCAAGAAGCAAAGCAAUGGAGGAGGAAGAAACCAUCGCCUACCAGGCAUCUGUUGGCAAAGUAUCGUGUGUUUGUAUUACUUACAGCAGUUUUACAAAACCAUAGGAACUACAAUAGCUGCACUCCAGUUCCAGAGGAAAAAAGUACUCAGGUUUUUCUGUAUGGCGAACCAAUUUGGCGUAAGCCACCUCAUAUUCACUUUCUAUGUCACAGCAAAAAUGUCCAAAGACCUAUUCACUUCUAAGACAUACACAAUAUGUGAACUUAAUGUGUGUUGGAGCAACACUGUCUGAUAGCUUAGACUCUUGUUUUAAAGCUUAUGUGCUUGAUUAGUUUAAUGAAACACUGUACCUUUUAGCAAUUUAUAAUAUUUUGUUUUUGUCUGGUAUUUUUGCUAAAUUUUUUACAAUAUAACAUGGCACAUCCUUAAUUUUUUAAAUGUUGGCUAAAGACACUGACCUGAACACAAGAUUUUUUUUAUGCAGUGGGGCAGUCUGAAUGCUUUUAUUUUUUUAUAUUUCUAACUUAGUUUAAUAAUUCAAAAACAAAAGAAAGAUUGUCGUAACUCAGAUGCUAAACGUACAAAUUAGUGUCACAUUGGUUGCUGAGGGAUACAGAAAGCUGCGCCUGCAAAAUUCAAAUUUCAGAUUGUACUGUAAAUAUAAGUAAAUGCUCCAAAAUGUAUGGCUUAAAAUUGUACAUAAUUUUGUUUGCUAUUAUUCGUGUAAUUUAAGAGAUGUUAUCCAUAAAUCAGUCAGGUCAGAGAAGAAGAUUUUGCUCAGGUGCUACAAGUAUCAUGAAUGAUGACAUUAACAUUUGAAUAAUUAAUAUAAGAGAAUUAUCUGGCCUAUCUCACAAGUUCAAAGGCAAUGCAAAUAUGUAAAUAUUGUUAUAUUUUGAUGAGAAAAUUAAAGUAUAAUUAUUAUUUACUGAAGAUGAGGGUUUGUAUCCACUAGUUCGGUUUUAUUUGACUGAAAGCCUGGAGAAUGACUGUGUUGAGGUGAGAUACAACUGUAGCAUAUUUUGAUUUUUCAACCUUUUUAGUUUGCAAAAUGUAUUCCAAUGUAGAAAUAUCUGUGUCAUUGUUCACCAGCAUUUGCCAUACAGUAAAUGGGAUUCCCUGGUUGGUUUGUAGUGUUGACACGCUACAUGUACACAAAGCAUUAGCAUACCAUAGGAUCAAUGCCGCCCCCCCCCCCCCCCAUAGCUACACAAUGUGUUAAAAGAGAUUAUAUUGUACAUCGGGGACACUGGGUUUCUGCCUCUUUUUUCGAUUUUCUCCCUCAUUUUCAUACAAUAAAGCUGAGGGAACACAGCAAGAAGAAUAAGAGGCAACUUUUUGAUAUUGAAAUACUCCUCUGCUCUCACGCUUCACUGUUGACAUGAAGCACAUGUAAUAAAUUGUAUGUACAGAAUGUUUAACUGUUGUAUGACCACAUCAGGGUUGUGCACGAGGGUGGAGUCACAAGUCUCUCUUUGUUCACUUGAGGUGGUCUGGGAUUGUUUUCUUAGAUCUUACACCUCUAUUAACUUCUGAGACUGAGUUGUAAGCUUCUACACUGCUGUGAAGUCUUUUUUGCCAGACUGUAUGUGUCCUCAUCAGCACAGCAAUGAACUGAACCUUACGUACAAAAUAAAGACUUUUUACAAAGUA